AGCCGUGUAUCAAAGUUGGGGGGUAGGGACAUGGCUAAGGAACGGGGAAUGAAUUGCAUUACCCAGGUUGAACCUCGUAAAUUCGAGCAAUGGUCAGAGACCGAAGUGUGCGAGACGCCCGGCAUUGAAUAUGAUGCGAACCUACAAAACAUCAUCAUCAAGACGGCAGGCCCUGUGCAUCAGGCUGCUAGUAGUGUGAUAUACGACUGGUUGAGCCAAAUCGCCAAGGGAAUUCAAGACGAAAACGAUGAGUACGUGGCUUGUUACGAGACCGGUACGUGUCCAUCAUGUAGUUUGUUUGGUUGA